AUGGACGUCGGGCACAUCAUCUUGGGACGACCUUGGUUAUUUGACCUAGAUGUAACCAUCUAUGGUCGAUCCAAUUCCUGUUCCUUCGUGUUUAAUGGAAAGAAGAUUCACCUUAACCCACUGCCCCCAAAGCCUGCUGGCCCACUGGAAAUGAAGAAAAGUGUGGAACGAAAGGGAUUGCACAUCAUUAGUCCUACGGAGUUUGAGCGUACACUUGUUGGUGACUCAGUUAUGUUCGCUUUGGUGGUCGUGGAGGUUCCAUCCUACUCCACAAUAGAGAGCCCUGUUGAAGUCUUGUCGGCCCUCCAAGAGUUUCGAGACGUCUUUCCGGAGGACCUACCUGACCAUCUACCUCCACUACGAGAUAUUCAACAUGCCAUAGAUUUCGUCCCAGGGGCAUCCCUCCCAAAUUUGCCUCAUUAUAGGAUGAAUCCUACCGAGCACGCUGAAUUAAAGGCAAGUGGAUGA